UCUUUGUACUUCAGAGAAGCAGUUGGUUCUCUGAAGAGCAGUUGGAUUCAGUUGUAUCUGCUAGAUUUGGACUUUGCAAAACCUGUAGGAUUCUCAACUUAUAUUCUGUGUGUCUGAAAUUUCCCACAAGAUAAAGUGGUUGAAAUUGAGCAGAACACCAUGGGCAGCCACAUGGAAGAGGACAUUCUGGAAAAGGAUUUCAGGAUGUUAAUAUCUCUAGGGUGUGGUUCAUUUGGGGAGGUGAAGCUGGCCUGCCACCUUCCCACACAUACAGGAGUGGCUGUCAAGGUCCUUGAGAAAAAUACCAACAGUGUGGCUGACAUCAGCACUGAAGUGAAGAUACUUCAGUCUUUAGAACAUAGGAACAUUGUUCGAUUUUUUCACAUGAUCGACACACUGACAACCACUUAUGUGAUUAUGGAGUAUGUGGCAGGAGAAGAUCUGGAGAGCUGCCUCCAGGCACUGGGCUGUCUAAAGGAGGAGGAGGCUAGAGGGAUUUUCGGGCAGCUGGUGUCAGCGGUUCACUUCCUCCACCAGAGACACAUCGCACACCGUGAUAUCAAACUAGAAAACAUCCUAGUCGAUGCAGCAGGAAAUGCAAAGCUUUGUGACUUUGGUAUGGCAAUUGAAAUCACAGAGGGGCAGAUGUUGGAGGAGAUCUGUGGCUCCUUGCUCUAUUGGGCCCCAGAGAUCUUGGCAAGAAAGCCCUAUGAUGGACUGGCAGGUGAUAUGUGGAGCUUAGGUAUCGUCCUCUAUGUCCUGGUCACAGGGCACUUUCCAUACAUGGAAGAAACCCUUGAAGGUAUGCACAGGGUCAUCACCACCACAAUGUGUCCCAUUCCCUACCAUCUGUCCAAACCCUGUCACUUCAUCAUAGCUCGACUACUCAUGGUCCCCACCUGGUACCGAUUCACAAUCUCUCAGCUUGUGGAAAGACCAUGGCUGGGUCCCAUUCAACAACAUGUACUGCCUGCCACCAAAGAAAUCCUGCCCAGGGUCGUGGAGACCAUGUGCACCAUAGGCUAUACCUGUGAGGAGAUUGUGUCAUCCCUAACUCACAGGCAACAAAAUAAUCAUGUAACGGCCACAUGCAACAUUCUCAAACACCUACUGAGUUGUGGGGACAGCCAUCAGCAAGAUCAGAUGCACUGGCUAACUAGCAGCUCUGCAGGUCCUGUUCACCUCCCUCUUCCCUUGACCAGGAGAGCCAGUGAACCAGCAUUUAUAACCCGUACACAAGCUGGGAAGAGUCACUUUAAUGAGGAGGAUGUGGAACAAAGAGGUGAAAAUUGCAGAAGCCACAGCAUGCCUCACAUAUCCUCCUUCCUGGAGGUGCUGUCCUCUUCAGACAACACAGUCCCAGAAAGAGAUGCUCUUAUGGUUGACGUCAUCAACACUGCUGCAGAGGACAUUGCAGUCAACAGGAAUUCUGUUGACCCCCUGCCUGGCAAUCUCUCCUCCCCUGAAUCAGUCUUGGAGGCAACACCCACAGGAUUUCAGAACCUGGGCUUCUCUGAAGAAGAUUCAUGCCAGGGGCCAGACGUUCCCAGUGACCAGCACCAGGUGGCACCCACGACAUCUGGAUCCAGGCCAUUCAGGGUCUGGAAACUGGUGAGGAAGGGAGUUUCCCAUGCACUGAGAGCACUGUGCUGCUGCUGCUGCUGCUGCUGCUGCCUGCCCACCCCAAGUGUGGAAAAUGAAAUGGCCCAAUAGAAUUCCAGCCCUGGUGAGGAGCCACGGAAGGGACCCAAGACAGAUUGCCAAAGCGCCAGCUCCCUCCACCACAUGGCAACAGGCUCCUGUAUUGAUCCUCCAGCUAUUGGGUCUAAGCUGCCACUUUAUAACUCCUCCAGCUUACUUUAGCUCCAGCACUAUUGUUGGAUGAAGAGGUGGUCAGAAGGCAAUGUACCCAGUGACUCUUUACCUUCCCAGCUUUGGUUGUCCUUGUAGGACCACUCACACUGCAUGGAAAACAGCAGCCUCUACCACCAGGAAAUGACUACAUACCAAUCUUGGCUGCUCAUCCUCUUAGUCACUUUAACCCCUCCAACUAAUUCUUUGGCUGCCUUUCGGAAAGAACAGUAAGACCUGGCUCUGGGGUGCAGCAGGAGAAAGAUGCAGGACUAUCAGUCAGUGGAGUCCCAUCCUCCUCAGUGCUGAAAGAACUACAGCAACUGUAAAUCCACUGGGAGACAGGAGAAUGGAGAUAAGGGGAGGAACAGGGGAAAGGAGGUGGAGAGGAUGAAGAGGAAAUGAGAGGAACUGUGAAGAGGGUCAGAAUGUGUCCAGAGGAGAUUACCUGAAAUAAGUCAGGAGAAAAGGAUGUUGUCCUGGGUAGGGGGCUUGAGGAAGUGAGACCAGGAACAAAGGUCUCAAGCAGAGCAGAGUUGACUCUGGUUUCAACUCUGGCAUUCUAUUGUCAGCCAUGAGGAGGGAAGGCCCUGUUCUGAUCACUCGUAGCAUAAGUCAAGGUAGAGAACUAUGAGGCUGCUUUGGAAAGGGAUUCCCAUUCUGGGUUUCUGAUGAAGGGUUGAUUAGAGAGAAGGGUGGCUGCAUCAUUCAGUGGGGUCCUCUUCUGGUCUUAUCUCACUUGGCCUUUGGUAGAUCUGAUGACAUCAUUGUCAUUGUCUCCACAGCCUCCUUCACCCAGGCUUCCCAUGUUUUCCCCCACCUCCUAAGAAUAUUGCAUCAUUUUCCCAUGUCAUGGAAGGAUUUAUACCUGAUAUUUGACCUUCCAUUAACAUUGUUCUGCUCCAGCAAGGGAAGCCACUGGUGCAGUGUGAAGCAAUGGUGAGUACAGUGUCUGAACUGGUUUCCAGGACACCUUCCCGGUGUUGAGCAAAUCACUGAUUUCACAAGAGGAAAUGAACGCAACAGGGACUCCAGGGUACUAAUCUGUGUGAAUCAUGCACCUGAAGGGUCAGGAAUUGAACUGAAGAUUCUGUCAUCCAGGAUGGACUACAAACAGCAGCAAAGUCCAAAUCUAACCUUCAGGAUAGAAGUCUAUAACCACCAGUGAACAGACACCUGGAGGAUCCACACUGCAUUCCUGGCACACAUCCAACAACUUCAAACUGACCAAUCAGGGGAGUCCAGAUUGGCUACCUAGUCUGAUGGAUUGAGUUCUUUGCACUUGAGCCAUGAGAUCACAGCUGAGGACUCAAGUGAUGAGAUCUAUACAUCAGGAGACACAGGGUGGCGAUUUGAGGUAUGGUCUGGAACAGCAGAAGUAGGAGCUCUGCAGGAAGUCCAGAUGGCAGUGUGCCCACUUCCCCAGCAUAAAGUGUCUCUGUCCAGUGCAGGACAAGGAAAGUGACAGCAAGCUGGAGAAAAAUGGGGACCACAUCAGAUGGAAUGCUGGGACUUUGCUCCACUUUGGAACCCAUAGCUGGUCUGUUUGUCAAUGAAUGACCACUAAGGCAAGCUUCACCCUGAUGCGAUUGGCUACUGUGCCAGGCAUUGAAUCUCUCAGGAGACAGCCCAUGUGGACCAAGACUCCAAGCCCUGGUGAUGAUGGUCUCUAAGAAUGUGAUUCUCAGGAAGCAGAGCUGAUGCCCAAGAGCCAAGGUGCUUGGCCAUAUCCCUAAUCUUCAACCCUGAGAAAUCUGACCUGAGUAUGUGCACACUUAACAUCAGUGACAUGGAGGAAAAAGAGGACCUCUCACCUCCCCUUUCUAGCAGACUAGCAUGGCAUUGUCUGAGCUCUAGAGGAACUCAGAGGCUGCACACAGCAACAGGAGGACAUGCUGUGGAGAAGAAUGACAUGGUUUUUCUGCCAACAUCCAACUAUGGACAACCACCCAAAUUAUCAAGAAGAUCUGUGGAAUCUACAGGAGCAUCCCUUUUUUAAAGCCUCUCGGUGGAUACUUACUGUUGAAUCGCUGCUGAAUUUAGAACCCUUUGAGAGUUUACAGUUCAGAAAUUCACAUAUGCCUCUCUGUCCUCACAGAUAACCCAGAAAACCUGCUUGAGCAGGUAAAGAAAUAUCUCAGGAGCCUUGGGAUUUAAAUGUACUUCUCUUUCUGAACUCUAGAGUGAAUACCUGAGAAGGACAGUAUGCAUGGACCACCUGUGCCAGGCCCCCACUAACAUGAAAAGGGAGAACUUAAGGUCAUACCCUCUGACAAUCUUUCACUGGUAUUAGACAGAGGCAAUUUACAAACAAAUACUGAAGUACUUAAUUAGAAUUCCAACAUAAUUUCUAUAAAUUGGCAUUCAGAUUAUUUGACCCCAGGAAAAGAGAAAUCCAAAUCUAUAUGAGUUCUCAGGUUCUACCAGUUGUUAGUCUAAAGGUGACAGAUGUUUGCACUUCAUCUGUACACUCAGCAAAAUCCAGUCUGAUGCUCAAACACAAGAUGUAACAACCAAUAGGACCUAAACCUAGAAGACAUGGCAAAGGACAGGACAGAUUCCUCCAGACCCCAAUAUUCCUCUUUCAGGACUUACAGCCAAGCCUCAAAGAACCAUAAAGGGUUACAGUAUUGUAAAGGAGACUGGACACAUGGAACAGAACGCUCAGAAACAGACCCAUCAAAAUCCUGUCAGCCUAUUUUCUCAUAAUCACCCAGGGAAAUCAAGGCAGAGAGAAGGACUUAUCCACAAAUGACUGCAGAAGAAAAUUUAAAAACAAACAAUAAGGAACCCAUUGAAAAACUGAACACAGUCACCAUUUCAAUUGAUCCCAAAUACAGACACUAUAAAUUUCACAUAAAGUUAUAGAAGAGGACUACAUAAGUUCCUGCCUUAUAGGAAGGAGGAAAGAGAAUAACAAAGAGAUUAACUGCGGACUUGGGAGCCCUGCUGCCACCAGCCAUGAAAAUACACAGACUGGAGCAUGGCUGGAGCAGGACGCUCCCUCAGGACAUCUAAGAGAGCCUGGCGCCUGACACACCCUGGCAAACAACAAACACUGACGGUUAACACUGUGUGUCUAUGAGGAGGUGGACGUGUAGUGUGUGCUGUGUGGUGUGAGGAGUACUGAAACCUAUCCCAUUGUGUGGGAUGGAGGUGAGCUGUCCAGCUGAUCUGAUAACAGCACUGUAUGGAUGGUCCAGUCAGAUGGGGAAAGCAGCAGGGCUGACACCUAGAUACUCACAUGUGCUACCCAUGCCCCUCCCCUUGUCAACAACUUACACACAGUGUCAGUGUAAGGACAUGAAGGAUGCCCCUCACCUGCACUCACCACAUAGUUCUCUAGGUAUUAGUACUAGAUAUUCAAUUCCCCUUUUGCUGUCUCAUAUACAAUGCUAGAUUCUACACAAUACUAGAGAUGCCUCCAACCACAGUGUACUAAGACAUGGGGAAAGGUAUCAGGCCCUGUUGGACACUUGACCUCCUGACAAGGACACACAGUUACUGCUUGGUUCAAAAACUCCUGGAAUCUUCCUGCACUGACACACAACACUAGGUAUAAUGCAGCGUGUGACACUAAAGCCAUGCCACCUCACUUGAACUAGCAGCUGUCAGACCAGAUAAACAUCCCCUACAUCACACACACACACACACACACACACACACACACACACACACACACAGCCUCAAAUACACUUCUAUUUAUGGGCCAUGCAUGUCUCUAACCAAAUCACACAUUGACUGCUAGGUAUCAGACCAUCCUGAACAAACACUCACACACAACUCACAUGUAUUCCUAGGUCUGGAUCCCAAAUGUCAUCCACAUAAUCCUUUAUUAACAGCUAUUUAUGAGGCCAUACAGAACACUCUCUUGCCACUGUACCCAACUACACUCUUACUAUUGGACCCUACUUGACACCCUAAUGUCACUGAAAUUCGACAUACUCUGCUAGAGUUCAGGCCCUCUUGAAUAGCACACCCCACCACAACAAUCUACAAUAUUAAUAUCAGGACCCUGAACACUACAGUCCAUCAACUCAUAUAUUCCUGUUGGAUAUCAGACCUGCUGGGCCUUGCAACACUCCACGGCAACACUUAAGAGGCUAGCCGAGGGACCUAGAAUGCACACAUCACCCUGCAGCUGCCCCACAUGCACUGCUAGGUAUCAGGCUCUUCUGACACCCCAACAGCCUUACACACACUCAAGUGUCAAGCACACUUGGACAUCACAUAGCAAACUGCCAAUGUACUUCAAAAUGAAUGAUCAGAUCUUGUCAGACACCAGCUCAGUUACAAGCUAACACAUACAACACAGGGAUUGUGCAGAGCUUACACCCUGUAAUUCCACUGCCCUCUCUUACAUACAGUGUUAUCACACACAAUGGACACACCACCACCCCUGUGACCACACAUCUACUUCUAGGUGUCAGUGCAGUUUGACCUCAUACCCCACAUUAAUCAACAGCCAUCAGACCAUGCUGAGAACUUCUCCCCCUCCUAGGUCAUGCACAUUCCAUUGCUGGACAUCCUUCUGCAGAAGACACAGCCACACUGCUAGGCAUCAGCUUCUACUGGACUAUGCUAUACAAUGUGCUGGGUCUCAGGCUCUACUGAUAGUUACUGGGAAAAGUGUGUGUGUGUGUGUGUGUGUGUGUGUGUGUGUGUGUGUCUGUGUGUCUGUGUGUGUCUGUGUGUGUACACGUGUGCACUUGUACUUGUAAAUGGUCAGAAAGUAGGCUGCAAAUUCUUGGAGAUGGCUGUCAGUGACUAGGUAAAUAGAACUCUAGGGUCAGUAUAGUAUUAAGAAAUUGAUCAGAGCAAAUAUUGGCAAGAUAUGGACUUGAGGGAUUUGGGAGAAGAAGGGUAGAAAACAAGAUAUAUGGAACUACACAAAUAUAGGUCUGGGGGAGGAAUUUGAAUUUACUUUUGAAGUAAUGAUAAGCCAAGUUUUUCUUUGUCAGGAAGACUAGGUGUCGUUGUCUGUAAGGUGUCCACACACUUAAAUUGAUGCACCUCCAAAUUGCUAGGUGUCAGGUGCUACUAGGAAUUUUGUCUUCUACAGCCAGAGCCAAACACACAUGCCUAGGUGUCAGGUCCUGCUAGGUCAACUCUCCAUUCAAGAAAAUGCUCCUCUACACCGUUGGGUAGCAUGUCCUCCUAGAGAUCAACACACAAAUGGCCAAAUCCUCAUGCACAGUACUGAGUAUCGGGUCUUUCUUAAUAUCCCCUCACCUACAGCCACAGAGGCCAUACACAGCCCCCAUAUACAUAUAACACAAGUGUCAGGGUCUAGUAUUCAUCUCUUCCCUUACACCACAUAUACAUACAUGGUUAGGUCACAUUCCUGAUAGGAAUCACCUCAGCUACAGCAGUGCCGCACACCCAGAGGAAGGUGUCACAUCCUGCUAGGUACCUCUUUCCCUGCAUCCGAAGAUCCAAUACAGAUACACAGCUAGAUUUUUAGUAUUGGCACCCCUCCCCUAUUGUCAAAUGCCUGGUACAGAGCCACACACUCACAAACACACUCAGGCACACAUGCUUGUAUGAUCCCAUGUACGUUCUUAUGAACACUCACCCAGCUGUCAUGUCCUUCACGGUCUCCCCCAUUCAGCCAAAGCCCUGUUUACACACAGCCAUCUAUGUGCUGCC